AUGGGGAAGGCUGGGAACGAGAGGAGAGGCGGCAGCAGCAGCGAGGCGAGCGGAGGGCUGACAGGGGAGCAGGAUAGGGGGAGCAGGGGGGGCGAGGAAGCGGAGGAGGACGGGGAGAAGGAGCAGAGGAGGCGGAGUGGCGGAGGGCGGAGGGGAGCAUCGGUGGUGAACAGGGGGGCGUGGACGGCGGAGGAGGAUGAGCGGCUGGCGGCGCUGGUGGCGGUGCACGGGGCGAAAAACUGGAGCGUCAUCGCUGCUGGUAUCCCUGGCAGGCCGGGGAAGAGCUGCCGACUCAGGUGGUGCAACCAGCUGGACCCGGCGUUGAGGCGAGGCCAGUUCACGGUGGAGGAGGAUGCGCGCAUCAUCACAGCGCACGCCAUCCACGGCAACAAGUGGGCCCUCAUCGCCAAGAACCUUCCCGGACGCACGGACAACGCCAUAAAGAACUAUUGGAACUCCGCCAUGCGCCGCAAGUACCCUCUCCUGCGCGGCCUCUCCACGCCCCCUCAAGGCCCCCACACUCCGCCCAGGCCCACUCCGCACAUUCCACACAGUGCGGGUGGGAGCAGCAGCAGGAAAAGGCGGUAUGAGGCCUGCUGUGCGGAUCAUGUGGGCGCUCGUGCUGCCCACGGUGCUGCUGCUACUGGCGGUGGUGGUGGUGCUGCUGCCACGAGUCAGCACAGCGCCCUCACCUGCCACUUUGACCGCCGCCCUCGCUUCCGAGUGUCACCCACUGCCCUCCCUGUCACCUCGUCUGUGCCUGCACCCACUGCUGCUUCGCCUCCACUGCUGCCGCCUCCCACCCUUCCCACCACCACCCCUACUGUUACCACCUCCUCCCUCCCUCUCUCACACACCUCUCAAGGCGCCACCCAGCAGACACACACACCGUCACCAUCACCACCCUCCCCACCACUCACUCCCUCUUGCCCUCCCUCCCUCACUCACCCCCACCACCACCAUUCCCUCGCCCCUCCACAUCUCUCCUCGCGCUUUUCAUUCGCCACUCUCCCCUCCGGCCUCUCCCACUCCUCUCUCCUCCCUGCCACCCACACUCCCUCCCUUCUCCAGCCCUCCCAACCAUCCAAUCCUCCCACACCCCUUACUGCCCAGCCACUCCCGCUUGACCGAGCCUCAGGUCCUGGUUCGGGUGAAAGCGGCCUGGUAGGUGCAGGACAGGCGGCAGCAAAACAUGGUGGCGGUGGCAUGAGGGGCGGUGGAGGAGGGGACGGGAGCAUGAGGGGGGUGGGUUUGGGGGCAUUUCAGCUGGGGAAGGUGUUUACUGCAGUGCAGGUGACAGGGGGCGAUGAGAGCUUGUGCACGCACAGGGGGUGUGAGGCCGAUGAACAGUGUAAGGCAGCCGCGAGACAAGGGGAGAGGCAGGGACAAGAAUGGGAAAAGGAAGGAGGCUGUGCAGGAGAGAGAAUUGAGAUUUCGGAGGUUACGGAGGAGGAAAGCAGAGGGCAGCAGGGGAUGGAAGUCUGUGGGUCAGAGAAAGAGAAGACCCUGUGCCCACACGGAAUAGAUAAAACCAACUCACAGCCCUUGCAGCACAGUCUGCACCCAGACACAUGCCUUGUUGGUGCAGUCCCACAGCCAAUGCAAGACUGCCACGUGGCAGGGCAGGGGCAGUGUGGGGCACGCGUGCGGCGGCACGUGCAUCGAGUAUUGGCGUCGGCAUGUGGGGUGGCCCGGCUGCUGCUGGAGGAGCUGCAAUGGCGGCACGGAAUGGUGGAGGGGCGAGCCGACGAGGAGGACGUGGAGGAGCGGUGGGGGAACGUAAGAGGAGAAGGUGGUGAGGGGCCACAGGUGGUAGAUCCGGUGGGGGAUGUGCGUUGUUGCAGUGAUGAGCGGUGCUGCUCGGUGAGCAGUGGUGCUGAGGGUGCAGCUGAGGGCAUGGCAUGCCGGCAUGUGCUGGAUGCCAUGUUGGCUGUGUGCUUCAGACUUGCUGCACCAGGGAUAGUGGCAGCGAGCGGGUCCCCCCGUGCAGCGCUGCUGCUGCUGGUGGCGUCAACGGUGUACCACGUGGUGGUGCGCGCAGGGCUCACCACGCUGUGCCUCACGCUGCUCGCCUCCUUCCUGGCCUGCGACCUGCUGCUCCUCCUCGCCUCCUCCCUCCAAGAUGACCCCGCCCAACCCGACUCGUCCCCCGCAAACCAGUCCCAAGCAAGCACUGCUGGGGGGGGGGAGCCUGGGGUAGGGGUGGAGGGAGCGGUAGGGGAGGGGGAAGCGGGGUUGGCAGGGGGAGGGGGGGCCGGGGGAGAGGCGAGUGGGGGCGGGGAGAUAGAGCGCAUAGUGUGGUGCAGCAACCACUACGAGGUGCUUCGCCUGGCGCCCUUCUGUGCGGCUGUGGACGAGAGCGCCCUGAAGAAGGAGUACCGCCGCAUGGCAAUGCUAGUGCAUCCGGACAAGCAUGGGGGGGACGAGAAGAAUGCCAUAGUGGCUUUUCAACGCCUGCAGAGCGCAUACGAGGUGUUAUCAGACGAGGGGAGGCGGCGAGAAUACGAGGGCGAGCUGAGGCGCCAGCAGCUCGUUGAGCUCAUCACACGCCGGGCUGCACACAUGUGGCAGGGUAGAAGGAAAGAUGGCCCUCUCCGCGCGCCCCUUCCCCCCCCCCCUUGUCGGCGGAUCCACGCCCGCCAAGCCCGGGGGGCCGUUGCGGCUGGUGCUGCCGGCGGGAAUUGGACGAGCAGCGACCGCCAGCCGGGCGCAGGAGCAUCCGGGGGAGCGGCAGGGGGAACAGCCGCGCGAGGAGGCGCUCAGGGGAGCCUCCCCAGCCAGCAGCGCGCGCCCACUUGUCUCCGCCACGUCGGGGGCACAUGGCGCGGCUUCCAGGGGAACAAAAGCGCGGGGAGGGGCGGCGGAAAUGGGUACCGGGGGAGAGAAUGCGUGGGAUCGCGGGGGAGCCGGCAAGGAGGGGGAGGCGGACAGCUGUGGCGAGGGGGCGGAGAGUAUGGGGAAGGCUGGGAACGAGAGAGAGGCGGCGGCAGCAGCAGCGAGGCGAGCGGAGGGCUGACAGGGGAGCAGGAUAGGGGGAGCAGGGGGGGCGAGGAAGCGGAGGAGGACGGGGAGAAGGAGCAGAGGAGGCGGAGUGGCGGAGGGCGGAGGGGAGCAUCGGUGGUGAACAGGGGGGCGUGGACGGCGGAGGAGGAUGAGCGGCUGGCGGCGCUGGUGGCGGUGCACGGGGCGAAAAACUGGAGCGUCAUCGCUGCUGGUAUCCCUGGCAGGCCGGGGAAGAGCUGCCGACUCAGGUGGUGCAACCAGCUGGACCCGGCGUUGAGGCGAGGCCAGUUCACGGUGGAGGAGGAUGCGCGCAUCAUCACAGCGCACGCCAUCCACGGCAACAAGUGGGCCCUCAUCGCCAAGAACCUUCCCGGACGCACGGACAACGCCAUAAAGAACUAUUGGAACUCCGCCAUGCGCCGCAAGUACCCUCUCCUGCGCGGCCUCUCCACGCCCCCUCAAGGCCCCCCACACUCCGCCCAGGCCCACUCCGCACAGUCCCACUCCGCCUCGCCCUCCCACCCUGCACCAGCGCAGCCCCAGCCCUCCCACGCGCCCGCCCUCCCCUCUGGCAACCAGCAGGGGGGAGAGGAGGGCGCGUACGAGCGGGCAGUGCGGUUUGUGGCGGGCGUGCAGGCGAGGGGCGUGGCGGCGCUGGUGGAGGAGGUGGAAAGAGUCAGAGGAGGAGGGCGUGGGGCGCAUCCGCAAGAUCCUGGAAGCGAGGGAGACGAGAGGGAAGAAGGAAUGGCCGAGGAGAGCGAGGAGUGGGGGGAUGGAGAGCAGCAGACGGUGCAGGGAGCAGGGGAAUGGGAGACAGUGCAGGGGGAGGCGAGGGUAGGGGGGUGGAGGGCGAGUGAGGCGAUAGAGGGGGGGAGAGGAGUGAAGCAGGAAGUAGAGGAGGGGGUGGAUGGCAUAGAAGAUUAUAGAGGGAUGGAAGAGGAGGGUGGAUUGUGUGCUCCGGAGCUACACGCCUCAACAGCAUGUGCUCUCCCUCCGCCCCUGGCACAGUGUGACGUCGUGCCUUUUGCCAGCCAGACUGCCGCCAACAUCAGCCAUGCGACCCAUGCGACGAGGGCGAGUGGUGGCAGUGACAGCACGCACGCUGGGGGCGUGCCUGUGGAGGCUCAUGAUGCGGAUGACUUACUGGGGAAGGUGUUUACUGCAGUGCAGGUGACAGGGGGCGAUGAGAGCUUGUGCACGCACAGGGGGUGUGAGGCCGAUGAACAGUGUAAGGCAGCCGCGAGACAAGGGGAGAGGCAGGGACAAGAAUGGGAAAAGGAAGGAGGCUGUGCAGGAGAGAGAAUUGAGAUUUCGGAGGUUACGGAGGAGGAAAGCAGAGGGCAGCAGGGGAUGGAAGUCUGUGGGUCAGAGAAAGAGAAGACCCUUCCCACAGCCAAUGCAAGACUGCCACGUGGCAGGGCAGGGCAGUGUGGGGCACGCGUGCGGCGGCACGUGCAUCGAGUAUUGGCGUCGGCAUGUGGGGUGGCCCGGCUGCUGCUGGAGGAGCUGCAAUGGCGGCACGGAAUGGUGGAGGGGCGAGCCGACGAGGAGGACGUGGAGGAGCGGUGGGGGAACGUAAGAGGAGAAGGUGGUGAGGGGCCACAGGUGGUAGAUCCGGUGGGGGAUGUGCGUUGUUGCAGUGAUGAGCGGUGCUGCUCGGUGAGCAGUGGUGCUGAGGGUGCAGCUGAGGGCAUGGCGUGCCGGCAUGUGCUGGAUGCCAUGUUGGCUGUGUGCUUCAGACUUGCUGCACCAGACUGCGCAAUUGUCGCCGUAAACGCCGCCGAGAGUCCCGCUGCUGGGUGCGCGGCGCCAUGGCGAGGGGCGAGGCGCGGAGAGGACCCGCGCGGGCCUCGGGGAAGCGACCGCACGCCGCCUCGUCGCGAGCAGCCUCGUCGCAUAGCACGGAUAGUGGCAGCGAGCGGGUCCCCCCGUGCAGCGCUGCUGCUGCUGGUGGCGUCAACGGUGUACCACGUGGUGGUGCGCGCAGGGCUCACCACGCUGUGCCUCACGCUGCUCGCCUCCUUCCUGGCCUGCGACCUGCUGCUCCUCCUCGCCUCCUCCCUCCAAGAUGACCCCGCCCAACCCGACUCGUCCCCCGCAAACCAGUCCCAAGCAAGCACUGCUGGGGGGGGGGAGCCUGGGGUAGGGGUGGAGGGAGCGGUAGGGGAGGGGGAAGCGGGGUUGGCAGGGGGAGGGGGGGCCGGGGGAGAGGCGAGUGGGGGCGGGGAGAUAGAGCGCAUAGUGCGGUGCAGCAACCACUACGAGGUGCUUCGCCUGGCGCCCUUCUGUGCGGCUGUGGACGAGAGCGCCCUGAAGAAGGAGUACCGCCGCAUGGCAAUGCUAGUGCAUCCGGACAAGCAUGGGGGGGACGAGAAGAAUGCCAUAGUGGCUUUUCAACGCCUGCAGAGCGCAUACGAGACGAGCAGCACAACAACUGGCAGGGCGGCAGCAGGGGGCAUGGAAGGGGCAGCAGGGAAAGGGGGAGGGGGGGUGGGGCAGGCAGGGGGGCCAGCAGGCGGCGAGGAGGAGGAGGGGGGGCGGCCAGUGGCAUGCACAGAGUGUGGGAUGGCGCAUGUGUGGCGCCCCGUCAACCGCCCCUGCAGCCAAGCCCGCUGGUGCCAGGAGUGUGAGAGGCACCACCCAUGCAAGGAGGGGGAUGGCUGGGUGGAACAAACCCCAGCCUGCCUUGUUUGGCAUGCUCUCUCUUGUCAGUGCACAUGCUGCCACACACUCUGCACUCACCAACCGACACAGCACUGCCACUCUCACAGCACUGCCACUCUCACAGCACUGCCACUCUCACAGCACUGCCACUCUCACAGCACUGCCACUCUCACAGCACUGCCACUCUCACAGCACUGCCACUCUCACAGCACUGCCACUCUCACAGCACUGCCACUCUCACAGCACUGCCACUCUCACAGCACUGCCACUCUCACAGCACUGCCACUCUCACAGCACUGCCACUCUCACAGCACUGCCACUCUCACAGCACUGCCACUCUCACAGCACUGCCACUCUCACAGCACUGCCACUCUCACAGCACUGCCACUCUCACAGCACUGCCACUCUUACAGCACCUGCCACUCUCACAGCACUGCCACUCUCACAGCACUGCCACUCUCACAGCACUGCCACUCUCACAGCACUGCCACUCUCACACCAUGCUUCUUCACUCACUCCCCUCGUGCUUCCCCAUUGCCACCGCCACCUGCCACCAUCCCACGGCCACCUGCCACCAUCCCACGGCCACCUGUCACAAUGUCAUCACCUGACUUCCUCCCUCCCCUGUGCUACCCCUGCCACAUACACCCCCUGCCGUGCGAGCAGAAGGGCCCACAGCACUUUUACACGUGCACGGACGGACAGGUCUACCGCAUCACUGACUGGGCGCGCUGCCAGGUGGGUACGGUGCUGCCAGGUGGGUUGCUCUGCUGCCAGGUGGGUUGCUCUGCUGCCAGGUGA